AUGGUCGCUCUAUCUAAACAGAUGGCUAAGGUAAGUAUGGUAAGUAGUUCUUCUGGAUCUUCAGUUAAUAAUGUUUCUAUGUGCGAUACCUGCGGUGUUCCUGGUCAUUGUUCAAGCACAUGCCCCCACAUUUAUGAGGAGGCAAAUUCUUUGUACAAUAGGCCAGUGAACAAUCCUUUCUCUAACACUCACAAUGCAGGCACUAAGAAUCAUCCGUUCUUGUUAUACAAGAGCACCAAUGUGUUGAACCUGCCACCAUAUCAACAACCGCACAAUGCACCAGGGUUCAACCAAAGACCCAAACAGCCAAAACACCCAACUCCACUGCACCACCACCAUCCACCCUUCAAUGUAGAGUCACAAAUUUCAGAGCUUAGAAGUAUAGUGCAGGCACAUAUACAAUUUAGCAGUGCGCACAUGAAGAUGCUAGAGACUCAAGUCACACAGUUGUCUCAACAUAUGCGUGCUCCUAAUCAAUUUCCUAGCCAGCCUGAACAUAAGGACAAGGGGCCCAGUCAAAUAAAUGUUGUGAUCGAGGUGGAAGGUAACAUAUUGGCUGACACUCCUCUUCAGAAAGUGUUUUCUGUGAAGCCAGUUGUUGAUACUAAUUCUGAUGUUGUUAUCUUUGAGUCUAUUGAAUUGAGACAUGACCAUGAAAAUGGGAAGAAGUCUAGAAUAACUGACAUUAAAAUUGACUAUAUCCCUUUUCCUCAGAUGUUGGCCCAAGCCAAACUUGAGAGGAAGUAUGAGAAGUUUUUUAAGUUACUCAAAGACAACUCUUUAGAGUCGUCUUUUCUAGACAUUCUAGCCAAGGCACCCACAGUUUUCAAAAUGUUUGAGGACUCAUUAUCUGAUAAGCAUGGGGGGACUGUCAUAGUUCCUAAGUUAGGAGACCCCGGUAAUUUCAGUAUUCUUGUUACUAUUGGAGGUGUUUUAAUAAACAAAGCUUUAUGUGACUUGGGUGCAGGUGUGAGCUUGAUGCCAUAUUCAUUAUAUAAGAAACUAGGAAUUGUUGGUAAACUGGCCCCCUAUGAGACUAAACUGCAACUGGCCGACCGUUGUCUCAUCUACCCUAAGGGAAUUUUGAUAGAUGUGUCGGUGGGUAUUGGACGGUCUGUGGUCCCUUGUGAUUUCUUAAUUGUAGAUAUACCCGAGGGCCCUAAGACCCCAAUCAUUCUAGGGAGACCAUGUUUGGAAACUUGUGAGACCGUGGUAGAUGUUGCUACAGACACUCCCCCUAAAUCUAGCUAUGAGUUAUAUGUUGAUACUUUAGAGGUCUUUCUUGAAGGCAUCGGGGGGAGUGAAGAAGUAAUGAGUUGGGAAGACGGCUUGCCUGUGUCUGGUGAAAGCCGAGUUCUCCUAGGAGUUUCUUAA